CCCACAAAAACAAAUUCACUCACAAAAUAAAUAAUAAUUAUUAUCUAUCUUCGUCUCCAUUUAUAAUACUCACUCUGGUUCAAGCUCCCAGCUUUCCUUGACGCUUUGUUUCUUCCUUCACACAAAUCCCAUUCGGCUCUUGUUUAUUACGCACUGCUCUGUAACUCUGUUCAUCACCCUUGUAAAUUUCCGAUCCAAAGUUUCAGUCUUUUUUUCUGGGUUUGUUUGAUCUGAUCACUUGGGUACAAUCCUCGAUUCAAUUUUGGAUUUUGAAGAUAGAAUUUGGGUUUGCUCUGCUGGUUUUGGUUAACCCAGAAAGGGAAAGAUAGUAAUUUGCUCUUUCCUUUUAUAAAACUUUGACAAAGCUUAAAAACCUCAACCUCACUGAGCUCUCUGUACCUUUUCAUUUGUUUUCUGAGUUGGGUUUUUUAUCCAUUUCUCUAACUUGGGGAAAUCAGAUAAGUAAAGAAAAGGGUAUAGGGUAUUUGUUGGUUUCUUGCUUAGUGAUUGCAAUUUCCUCUGUUUUUGUGGUUACAAAAACGGAGGUGUUGGUUCUGAUUUUCUCGAGCUUAAAGUUUUGAGCUUUGGAAAAUGUUGAGUACAAGAUUACAGUUUGGAAAUGUUAGUGGAGAGGACAGGUUUGACAUUGCUGGGAAAGCAAGGAAGAGAUACAAUCAGCAGCAAAAGCAGGCCAGGAAAGCAAAGAAUGAUGCAAACCAGAGCCCCAAAGAGAGCAAAGUUGUGGUUUCUGAGAUCAAAGAGACUCAAAAUUCAAUUGCAAAGCCUUGUUCUGAUCCCACUUUAACGCCAAGGAGUAAUCUUGACAGGUUUUUGGAGUCUACUACGCCUUCAGUUCCAGCCCAGUAUUUCUCUAAGACGACAAUGAGAACUUGUGAUGCGGAGUGUCAGCCUUACUUCGCUUUGAAUGAUCUUUGGGAAUCGUUUAGGGAAUGGAGUGCUUAUGGAGCAGGAGUACCAUUAGUCCUUAACAAAAGUGAUUCUGUUAUUCAAUAUUAUGUUCCUUAUUUAUCCGGUAUCCAAUUAUAUGGCGAAUCUGCUGUGAAGUCAAGUGCAAAGCAAAGGCAAGUUGGUGAGGACAAUGAUGAUGACGACAUUUUGGAUUCAAGUAGUGAUGCAAGCAGUGACUAUGAAAUUGAAAACCACAUGAAGACUACUAGGGAGCAGCAGCAUAUUCUUCACCAAUUAAACAAUGAAGUUUCUAGUAGAAUGGACGGGUUGUCCAUAGGUGAUGAACACCCCAUAUUGCAAGAAGGCUUUUCUAGUGAUGAUGGAGAAGCUGGGACUUCUCAAGGCUUGCUUUUUGAGUAUCUUGAGCGGGAUGCUCCAUAUGGCCGUGAACCAUUGGCUGACAAGAUAUCAGACCUUGCACGCAAGUACCCUAGGUUGAAAAUAUUGAGAAGUUGCGACUUACUGCGAGGCAGUUGGAUGUCAGUAGCUUGGUAUCCCAUAUAUCGAAUACCUAUGGGUCCAACGUUGAAAGAUUUGGAUGCUUGCUUUCUGACAUAUCAUUCUCUUUCAACACCCAUGAAAGGUAGUGGAAGUGACCAAGCUCCAGUGAUGGUGUAUCCCAGUGUGAUGGAUGGUGUCCCAAAGAUUUCGUUACGUAUUUUUGGAUUGGCUUCGUAUAAGCUCAAAGGAUCCUUGUGGGCACAAAAUGGAAUAGAGUGUCAACUGGCUGAUUCCCUGAUGCAAGCUGCGGACAACUGGCUUAGCCUGCUUCAGGUCAAUCACCCUGACUUCCGGUUCUUCGCUUCACAUGGCAUGUACUGCAGGUGAAAGCAAAUCAACAGUUGUUUCAUUGAUGCAACUAUGCUUACCUUCAUCGACGACAAUGCUGAAGAAGUAACUGGUGGAUUUUGAUGGAAUGCCCUCGAGAGGGGUCUUUCAAAUGUCAACUUACAGAAAUAGAAGAUGAAAAAUGGGCAAAAGAGAAGGGAAACAAGAAAAAAAGAAACAGUGAAAAAAUCUUAGGCUUGGAGGAAGCAGAAUAAGGUUUUAAAAAGGCCCAAUAUAGAUGAGAAUAUGAUGUGAGUGGUGUAUGACACAGUGCAAAACAACUCUAGAAUAUGAUCCUCAAGGUUUGUAAUGCCUUAUUUGUCAGACAUCAAUAUUUCCAUAUAUUAUAUGUUUAUAUCAUAAGAAAACAGAAAAAAGGAAAUUACUUUAUCA